CCGCCAUUUGGACGGUGGAAGAAAAUAUGGGGAAUGUAGAAUGAAAGGGUCGUCAAUUGGGAGUGACAGGAAGGGAUAGGAUGGUCGAGACAAGGGAUGGGAGAGAUGAUAAUCCAGAUGGAAAUGAAGUUGGUCCGAUCUGCGGUAUCCUUGGGGAGCUUCGAGUAUACGGGGUGGGUAGCGGGCACGUGAUGAGGCUAUUGAUCAAAAUCUCAUCCGCAUUUUUUUUCCUUUUUCUUUCCUAUUUCUCUUCCUUCCAUUCCUCACAAUUGGAAAAUAUCUUACUCGAUGUCUUAUUAUUCAACCAACUAACUACAGGGUAAGUCGAUUAUGCUAUGAUGCUCUUUCCUACAUGAUGAUUUUCUUUUUAAGAAUUCUGCAAUGCUGACAGUCUCCUUUAUUGUGAGACUGCAUGUGGA